UGUCCAGAGUCUAACAAAAAAUGCCACCUGUGGACCAUCGUGGACCUGGGUUUCUUCAUCCUGAUGGGGGUCGGUGGGGGCCUCUUAGGGGCCACCUUCAACUGCAUCAACAAGAGGCUGGCAAAAUAUCGCAUGAGGAACGUGCACCCCAAGCCAAAGCUGGUCAGAGUCCUGGAGAGCCUGUUGGUGUGUCUGACAACCACGCUUGUGAUAUUUGUUGCUUCGAUGCUUCUCGGGGAAUGCCGGCCACUCUCUUCCGCUGACCACGGGGACAACAGCUCCGCCCUCAGCCUGCAGGAUUCUUCAUCGGAGGAGGUUAAUUCAAGCAUCAAGACAUUCUUCUGUCAUAAUAAUACUUACAACGACAUGGCAACCCUGUUCUUCAACCCGCAAGAGUCGGCCAUCUUACAACUGUUUCAUCAGGAGGGUGAGUGCCUGAUCCAGCCCUGCUCGUUCCGGAGCUGCGAGGAAAAGAACGGGCUAUUUUCUCUGUUUUUAUGCUUGCCUUCCUCGGUGGAUUGGGACCGCCACAGCCAGGCCUCCCACACCCAGGAGGCGGCGAGGCUCGUCGUGCUGGUGCAGCCGCUCCUGCGCGCAACAACACACCACACCACGCGGUGCCCUGCGAGCAGCUGCAACGACGCAAUGAACCUCACGGCUUUCUGUCACAAGUGGCUGUGA